AUGAAGAAGACUCACGGGGCGCAUGCGCUGGACAAGCACAUUUGUAAACAGACGCAUGUGUCACAUUCAUGGAUCUACAAGAACGGUUAUAUUAUAGAUGAUAUCCUAGAUUCUAAGGUUCAUACUGAUGAGACCGCACCGAAGCACCUAAAGUCCCACCUGUAUGGUUGCCCGAGCAUGGACACUGUGGAGUCCUCCUUGAAGCCAGAUGAGAUCGCUUCCCUCUGUUAUGCACACUUCCAGUCGUUGCCCCGCACUGGGAAGCCUGAGGUGGGCCGAGAGUGGACCCUGCUCUCUGCUGUGGUCCAGGUGACGAGGAGCACAGACUCUGACCCAGUGAAGAUGGAGGUGGUUUCACUUGGCACUGGCACUAAAUGCAUCGGGCAGACGGCCAUGCGCCCUGCAGGGGACGUGCUCAACGACAGCCAUGCAGAGGUCAUUGCCCGUAGAGGAUGCAUUAGAUACCUGUUGGAGGAGCUGCAGCGGGCGGUUUCAGGCCGACCCAGUGCGGUGCUGGAGUGCCAGGCUAGACCAGAUCAGACCUGCUUCAGACUCAGACGUGGGGUCUCUUUUGUGCUCUUCACAAGCCAAACACCAUGUGGGGACGCAACCAUUUUCCCCAUGGCUCAGACUUUGCUGACCUGUCCUCCCAUCAGCGCCUCUGCUAAGAGGAAAGCCUCCGAGACCAAGGCAGACUGGCCCGAGCCGAAGCUGCCCCGCUUUAUCACACACAAGACAGGAAACGAGGCAGCGCAGAGGGGGAGGACCCGCUCCUCAAGGACAGCUAUAGCUGACACUCUGGGUACAGAAGAUGAGCUGGGGGCCGACGUGCACAGGACCGGGGCCAAGUGUAUCCCUGGAGGCCCUUCAGAUGCACUGCUGCCUGGUGUGGGAUACCACAACACAGGGCUCCUGCGGCUGAAGCCAGGGCGAGGGGAGCCCACCACGUCCCUAUCCUGCAGUGACAAACUGGCCCGUUGGGGGGUGUUGGGGUUCCAGGGUGCCCUCCUCUCCCAUUAUCUCCAAGAGGCCAUCUACUUCAGUGUCAUUGUAGUGGGGAAAUGUGCUUACAGUCAGGAGGCCAUGCACAGAGCUGUCACUUCACGGUGCUGUCAUGUUGCCAGUCUCCCUGAUGGCUUUUCUGUCUCCUCACCGGUGUUCCUCCAAUCCAGCCUGGAGUUUCCCUUCAGCCAGGCCCAAAUAGAGCGGUGUUACCGGGCAGGGCAGGGCCGAGUCUCUCCUUGUGGUGCAGCCAUCAGUUGGUGCAAAGUGAUGGAAAAACCGUUAGACAUCACUGCCAAUGGCUUUAAGCAUGGCGUAACCAAGAAAGCCCUGGGCACUGCAAAAUCCAGGACAAACAGUAGCCCCUCUCAAAGUAAGCCUGAGGCUACUCUAAACAGAUGUUCUCUGCGCUCUUCUUAA